UAAUCAACUAAGAACACAAUCAUACUUUCAACUUACAACUCAAUCACACUUUCUAAUUCCUGCUACAUACCGAAGCAUAGGGCUGGUUUUCUUAUUUAAGUAGACAUGCUAACAGUGGAGUUGUUAUUCGAUACAGUGCUCUUCCAAAGUACAGUAGUGCGCUGAGAUUCCCCCCUUUUUUAAUGUUCUGAAACAACUUUUUUCUGUUUGAUUUACGUUUUAUUUAUUUUUCGAAGAAGUAUAGUAGCUGACUCGGUUAGAAAAACAGAAUUUAAAAUGUUGUGGAUUUUAUUUGUUUUACCCAUUGCUAUCUUGGCUCGUCAUCCACGUCCGAAUCCGAUUGCUAUUGUCGCAAAUGGUGGAUGUGGACCUCAGUAUGCCUGUAAGCCGGCUACCCAGUGUUCCGUUUGGUAUGCCGAACUUCGUACGCAUUCAUCGAAACCUUGUUCGGAUGCUCAAGGGUUCAUUGGGCUCUGUUGCCCAGAUGUUGUUCACGUGAAAUCUGUAGCAACCAAGCAUCCAGCGAUCCGUAAAAAUCGCGUGCUCCCCCCUGUGCAAUCUGUUCCAACGAAAAUUUUAGAGAAAUUGGCUCGGUCGGCUCGUGCUGAUUUGCUUCAAAUUAAUACAAUCGAAGAAAAUCUAAGCAGUAGAAAAGUUAUGAUGAGUGAAACUUCAAUGGCUUGGGGUCACUCAAAUAAUAAUGGUCCUUUAGAAAUGUCCCGCAUUCAAAGCGACAAAGCCCUGUUGGUCGUUAACGCUGCUCGACGAUUGCAGGACAAGUUACUACUUUCACCAGAACAGGCUGGACUUGGAUUACAAACGAUCGACACAAGAUUAAGUUUGUUAGAGGAUACAUGUCCUCGACUCCCGGUAUGUGUAAUAACAAAAUAUCGGACUUUUGACGGCACUUGCAACAACUUGCAACAACCUUCUUGGGGUAGCGCAUUAACGCCACUCGAACGCUUAGCUACACCGGAAUAUGGUGAUGGUAUAUGGGAUCCGAAAAUCGGUAAUUCGGGAAAACAACUUCCCAAUGUUCGUGUCGUCAGGACUACUAUCGUUACAGACGAAAACUUCCCAGCUGUAGAUAUGACGCACAUACUUAUGCAAUGGGGGCAGUUUGUGAAUCAUGACAUGAUCCGUGUUCCAUCGUUCCGAACUGCCAAUCAAUCCAACAUUGAAUGCUGCACUGCAGAGGGUGGGAUCAUUCCACCUGAAAUGCGCCAUCCUCACUGCUUCCCAAUUGACAUUCCAGCCAACGAUCCUUUCUAUGGUCCCAGAGGUGUACGAUGCUUGAACUUUGUUCGAUCCAUGAUUGCUCCUCGGAUAGAAUGUCGAAUGGGUUAUGCGGAACAAAUGGAUGAGAAUACUCACUUUCUCGAUGCGUCACAUGUAUACGGAUCAUCACCCGUUAUUGCUGCCAGUUUGCGUCAGUUUGUCGGAGGUCGUCUGAAAAUCUCCAAAAUUGAAGGUCGGCCUUACCCUCCCCAAAAUCUUCUAGAUGAAAGUUGUAUUGGCAAGGCUCCUGGAUUUGGUUGUUUUGUAUCAGGCGAUGUGCGUACCAAUCAAAUUAUGACACUUACAUCGUUGCACAUCAUUUUCCUGCGUCAGCAUAAUUUACUUGCAAACAAAUUGGCUGCUAUCAACCCUCAUUGGAAUGAUGAAGUUCUUUAUCAGGAAACUCGACGGAUUGUUGGUGCCUUGAUGCAGCACAUCACCUACAACGAAUUCCUUCCGUCUUUACUCGGUCGAACAACGAUGGACGCUUACGGCCUCACGCCGCAAACCCAUGGAUACUCUUCAAGUUACGACAAGAAUGCCAACCCAUCAGUUGCGAACGAAUUUGCCUCGGCUGCCUUCCGUAUGGGACACUCUCUCAUCCAGGGUGCAAUGAAUUUAGUGGAGGAAAACGGUAAAGUCCGAGUGGAACUGAUGCGAAACUGGUUCAACAAUCCUUCUUUACUUCGCCAAGCUGGCAUAUUGGACGCUGUGUUGCGAGGAAUGAUCGACCAGUGGCCCCAAAAGGUGGACGAAUGGGUCUCUGAGGACGUAACGAAUCAUCUCUUUCAAAGACCAAAGAAAGAUUUUGGAUUGGAUCUUGUAGCUAUCAAUAUGUGGCGUGGACGUGAUCACGGCCUUCCUGGUUACAAUACCUAUCGUCAAGUGUGCGGAUUGUCACCCAUGACCAACUUUCAGGAUCUCUUGGAAGUCAUGGAUCGUUCAGUAGUGGAUCGUUUGGCUUCAGUUUAUCGCUCCGUCAACGACAUUGACCUUUAUAUUGGUGGCCUAGUUGAGCGACAUUUGCCUGGUUCAAUGCUCGGUCCAGUGUUUUCGUGUAUAAUUUCCGAUCAAUUUGCACGUUCGAAGGAGGGAGAUCGUUUUUUUUACGAACACGGGGGACAUCAAAAUUCAUUUUCAUCAGCUCAGUUGCAAGAAAUCCGUAAAAUGAGUUUAGCAGCGAUCAUCUGUGACAACGCUGACCAUAUAGUCAAGGUUCAGCCGUUAGUUUUCCGCCAUCCUUCACCUACGAAUCCUCGUGUCAACUGCAAAUCGUCGACAAUUUCGCGUAUGAAUCUUGCUGUCUGGAAAAACUAAUAAUAACUAUUUAACUCCACAAUUACCCUUAUAAAUUUUUAUUGAAUAAGUCUAUGAUAAGUAAACAAAAAGAGCGCACCUUUUCCACAUAGUUUAUUGAAAUUUCUGUAGUUUUCAAUGAUAGUUUAUAAAUGCUUUAGUUUAAAUACACACAUUCAUAAAGCA